AACAUGGCGCAUGUUGUUGAAGUUUCAGAAGUGAAACAAGGGACAUAUUCGGUUAUUUAACACAAUGUAGACUCUUUUCGAUUGUUAGGAGGUUGAAAUGGUUUGUAAAAACAAGAAGAACCCAAAGCGAUGAAGAAAUCGUCAAGUGCAGGCAACGAGACAAAACCGGACGUAGACAAAGCAAAGAAAGUUUACAAAUAUGCUCUGGAUGCAAUAAGAAAGCUAGAUGACAUAACUAAACAAAAGAAAGCUUACAGAGAUGUAUUCUCUCAAGAAAGUGUGGGAUUGCGGAAUAAAUUGAAAGAAUAUUGUGAAAGGUUAAUGUUCUAUAAUCCUGGUGAAUAUGGAAGGAAAGCAGAAGAGGUUUUAUGGAGGAAAGUUUUCUAUGAUAUUAUACAAGUCAUUAAACAUAAUAGAAAGCACCUUCGACCUCACAGUUCACUACAAACAGCUUAUAGAUCACAUCUGGCAUCUGCCUGGGGUUACUAUCAACAUCUACUAUUUAAACUACAACAAGAAUAUAGUCUUAAUCUAGCUGGAAUUCUUGACUUUCAUAUCGUAGCAGAUUCUAAAUUUGCCAAGAAAUCCAGCAGUCCAAACAGUAAGAAAAUAUCACAGAAUGUUCAAGACUGGGCAUUAAAAGCUUGUCACAGAUGUCUGAUCUGUCUAGGAGAUAUAGCUCGUUAUCAGCAAGAUUUUGAUCAUGGUGUAAGCUGUUCCAUAGCGGAGAGAUAUUACUAUCAAGCUCUUAUACUUUUACCAGAACAAGGUAUGCCACAUAAUCAGCUGGGUACAUUAAGUGGAUCAAGAUAUUUUAAUGCUGAAGCUGCUUAUCAUUAUAUUAGAUGUUUAUCCAGUGAUAAACCAUUUGAAGGAGCUGUAGGUAACUUAAAGAGAUUAUUUGAAAAGAACAGUAAAAGAUAUGAGGAAUUGUCUGAUUUUAAAAAUACAGAUUUAGGGCCUGAAGAAAAAAGACAUAAAGACAUCAGAAGAUUUUUUAUAAGAUUUGUACAUUUAUUAGAAAUAUUGCAUGAAACUUCAAAACAUGUAGAGAAUAGUGAGAUGCAGGUUUGUUGUCAGGAUACAUUACAGAACUUUGAUCGUUGUAUGUUUUAUGAACCUGGUGUGAGUAUGUCAGAAGAUAAUGUUAGUUUAGAACAGUUACAGUAUUUAGAUGAUGAUAUGGUAUUUAAAGUUGUUGUUACAUGUAUAUCUUCAAUUCAUCUUCUACAACAAAAUGGAUCAAGACAAGUGGCUGCAGGUAUAGCCUAUCUAUUAGCCAUAUUUUCACAUAUCUUAAAUCAUGUAGUUAUACGACUUCAAGCUGCUUUCUAUGACAAAGAAAAUCCUAAUAGAUUACUUCAAAACAGUUUUAUAGAUGAAGAUUCAUCAUCAGGAGAUUGUGACCAAGUUGAAACACACAGUGGUUCUAUUGAUCAUCAGAGAGAUACAGAUAACAGUUUACCCACUACAACAACUCAUGAAAAAACAUCAGAUUCUAAAAAGAAAUCUAAAGGUCGAUCAAGGCAUAUAAGAAGGAGAAGAAGAAGAAAAGAUAGUGAUAGUAGUGAAAUGUCUGAUUUAUCUGAGGCAUCAGAUCUGAGUGAAGGUAUAAACGAAGAGCAUUUCAUGUCCGAUGAAUCGGAAGAUGAUCUUGUUAGCUAUUUUGACCACGAUUCUGACUCUGACUUAUCAGAAGGCAUGAUGAACAGUCAAGAAAUCAAACAAGAUAUUGCUGGAAAGAAAGAGGGAGAUAACUCUAAUCACAAAAUAGACAUGGCAAAUUCUAAUAUAAAUCAUAAUAAUACAGCCUGGAUAGACUCGGCUCCUGAUAAUUUGGCCCAUUUUUCAUCCAAACUUUUCUCUGCUUCUACAUUUCUCGGACAGAAUCUGGAUACAUCUAAAGGUAGUAGUCAGUUUGAAAUUGAUAAAGCUGAUUAUGAGAAUUGUAAAGAUAUUAUACAAGGAAAGAAAGAUGUCUCUGUACCACCAGGUUUUGUAUCAUCAGAUGAAGCUAAACAUGUAGCAGAUAUAACACACAAGUUAGCUAACUUUGUUAUAGAAACUGACACAGAAGUUAGUUUAAUCCCUACAGAUACAGAUACAGGUUAUACUUUAACAGAAACAGAGACUGAACCAGCAGAAAAUAGUUCUACAACUAGUAAUGAUGAUAAACCAGAAGCGGAUCACCAACGUUUACAAAAUCUACUAGAUGUUAUACAUAAUGAAGGGUUAUUACCUACUGUAAAGAUUAUGUGUGAUUGGAUGAAAUGUCAUACACAUAUUAUUGAUACAUGUGCUCAGAGUUCUCAAUCAUUAUGGUGUAGAUUGUCUGUUUUGUUAAACUUUUUACCAGUAGAAACAGAUCUUAUUCAACAUGAUCAAUGUUGGUUGGAAGAAUUACAGAUAGUAUUACAAGAUAUCUACUCACAGGACUGGAAACAAGAAUUCCCUUUGAAAGAAGAUUUUAACUUGUGUCAUUUACCUCCCCUUGUAGAUGUUCAUGCCGGCAUGAAGUUUACCAUGAAAACAAGAUCGGCUCUUACAGAAAUACAAGAGACUUUUUUGAGAAUAGCCUGUUUACGUCAAUUUGGUCACUUUUUGUCAUCAAUAGAUAGUUUAGAGUUUAGUUAUAAAGCAGAAGAAGCUAUGUUUAUAGGGCCAACACAGGUUACCAAUGAAGAAGAAACUGAGAAGGCAGCACAAGAUAGAAUGAGAGAUGAUGAUAGAAGAAGAAAUCAGCUAAUGAAGGAUAUGGCUCAACUAAGAUUACAGGCUGAAGUUAACCAAUUAGAAGGCUCAUUACAAUCAGCAGAUCAACCAACAUUUCCACCAUAUUUGAUACCUGACACAUCUGUUCUAUGUAACUCACUUGCUAGUAUUAAACAAUUAACACAGCAAGGUAGAAGUAUAGUUAUCAUACCAUUAUCAGUUAUUGAUAGUUUAGAUUAUAUAAAGAAAGAAAACAGUGGAUCAAGGGAAGCUAUCAGAUGGUUGGAAAUAGAAUUUAAAAAAGGCAACAGAUAUAUACGAGCUCAGAAAAGUUCUGAAACUGCACCUGUCAGCAAUGUUAGAAUGUUGAAAAAGAAAAAAAGAGAUCUAUGGUGUAUAUUAGAACUAGCAGUUUGUGCUCAGUAUUUUGCCCAACAGACAGGCUGCAUAUCAGGUGGUAAUCUGGUAACAGUUUUAACAAGUCAGCCAUUUACUAUAGAUAAUCUCUCUACACCAAUACAACAAGUUUUAUCUACAACACAGCAACAAGGUGUGAGUUUUGAGAAUAUUAAAGAAUUUACCACUAAAUGGAAAGAUAUGUUCAAGAAUAAAGGCUGAAAGAGACAGUUGACAUGAACCAAGUGAUGGGUUCCUGAUCAAUAUAUAGUAAUCUGUAUAUGUAUAACAAAUGAGAACGUGAUAACAUCUAUCUACAUAUAAUACAGUAUUGUGGAAAUCUUUAAUACCAUCUCAUGUUGAUUAUCAUAAUGAUAAUAACAUGUUUUGAAGAAAGAUAAUUCCUAUGGAAGAUGAAGAAGAUCAAAGGAAAAUGAUCGAAAUGAUAAUCUGAAAGUAUAAAAAAAUAUGUAAAAAAUAGAAAUUUAUCUUAAGAGGAAACUAAUUCUUUAAGACAAAAAAAAGUAUGAAUAUAUUAAAUAUAUAAUUUAAGACUGGAAAGCAAAAUUGCAAAAAAAAAAAUCACAAGAGACAGAAAUACAAAAACAUAACAUCCUGACAGUAUCAUUAAAACUGAGCUGUGUUACAAAAACAGAUGAUUGUUUUUAACUUAAAACAAAUUGAAAGCAUCAGUAAAUGUACUUCGUGAAGAUAUCACCAAGAAUUAAAAGAUAAACGAUUAAAAAACACAAAACAAGCAACCACUUCUAAAACAAAUCUGUGCUAAUUCUGAUACAAAAAUAGAGAGAAGAAAAGUUGUACACCUGUAAGAAAUACUAAUUAAUUUGAGUUUUCAUUCACCAAAGUUAUGUAAGAAAUUGUGAAGUUAUAUUCUUUACUGUUUGGACAAAUGUAAACAAUUUAUAAGGUGAACGCAGUAGUUAGCAUUAAGGUUAUGCCAUGAAAAUAUUGAGAGAAUAUUAUUCUGAAAAAGCUGUUUACAAUAUCCUUUGUUAUAGACAUAAAUAGAAUUACAGUUUUUUUUAUAAAAAGUAAAUUAUUACAUACAUGUUUUUUAAAAUAACAAAUAAAAUUGACCGCACCUCUCUUAUUUAAUAGAAAAAGUUAAAAACCAGAAAAAAUUUAGAUAUACACAUGUAGACCAGUUAUUAUUACUGAUAUUUUCGAUUUAAGGCAUUAUUUAAUCAAUGGUAAGAAAUAUUGUCAAAAUAUUAAUUAUUGCAACAAAAAAGCAACUGUUGGUUAUUAGUUGCUAUGAAAGAAAAUGCAAAGCCUAGCACACAGAUGACGAUUUUUAUACGCCCACAUAUUCAUGUUAACGUAUUAUGCCAUCACCCCUGUCCGUCCAUCCACAAUUUGUUUGUUGACACUCUGGUCACAAUUUUUAUCUGACGAAACUUGAAAUGUAGGUCUAUCUCCCAAAGAUCUUGGUUACUUUCGAUAUGUAUUGGACCAUAAUUUCAUGGAUUAUGGCCCCUGAUUGUAUGAAAAAUCACGUUUUUAGCUUGUGGACACUCCAGAGGUCACCAUUUUUUAUCUAAUUUUGAUGACCCAAAGAUCUCGGUUCCUUUCGAUAUUUGCGUAUAUCGGACCAUAACUUCAUGGACUAUGGCCCCUGAUUGUAUGAAAAAUCACGUUUUUAGCUUGUGCAUGGACACUGUAGAGGUCAGAAUUUUUUAUUUGAUUUUGAUGAAACUUGAAAUGCAUGUUUAUAACCCAAAGAUCUUUGUUCCUUUCGAUAUAUGCGCAUUUUGGAUACUUCUUGAUUUAUGGCCCUUGAUUGUAUGAGAAAUCAGGUUUUUAGUUUGUGGUCCCUCUAGAGGUCACAAUUUUUUAUCCGAUUUAAAAAAAAACGUUUGAAUAUAUCACCGUUACACCAUAAUGAUGGUUGAGCUCGAAUUUUGUGAGAAUCGGACCUAAACUGCUUGAAAAAAAUAGCGUACGCAAAUAGUGUAAAAAAAAUAUGGUAUAUCAAGGUUGUGGACCCUCUAGAGGUCACAAUUUUGAUAUGAUUUUGAUGAAACUUGAAAUACAUAUUUAUAACCUAAAGAUCUUGGUUGCCACUAGAACUCACAAAAGUUUAAAUAGAGGUCAUAAUUUUUAUCUGAUUUUAGAAAAUGUUUAAGUAUAUCACCGUUACACCAUAAUGAUGGUUGAGUUCAAAUUUCGUAAAAAUCUGAUUGCAAAUGGCUGUUACUUUUACGCAAAUAAUGUAAAAGUAUGUAAUACCAAGGUUGUGGACCCUCUAGAGGUCACAAUAUUUACCUUAGUUUGAUGAAACUUAAAAUAUGUUUAUAUCCGAAGAUCAAGGUUCCUGUAGAUAUUCACACAUAUCUGACCCUAACUUCCUGGAUUAUGGCCCCUGAUUGUAUGGAAAAUUGCUUCCUUUUUUGAGCUUUAUGUGGGCAUAUCUUGCAGGGCAACCGCUUGUUGAAGCAACAAAUAAUUGUUAGUUAACCUGUGAUGCUGUCGAAAUCACGGUAAUGUGUGUAUAUGUACAACAAAUUUAUAUUUUCUGGUUGUUUGGGUACAUUUUGAAAUAGACGUUUUAUAACAGCAUAAUAGUACAUUAAUUGCUCAUGACUUCUAUUGGAGUUCCUAAUGAAGAUUAAAAAAUAUUAGGGAUAUGAUGUGACAUGUCGAUUCAAACUGGUUCACAGUGAAUUUCACGCAUUAUUGCUGAGAAUGUGAUUAUGUAUGGGAUAAACUGCAUUCGAUUAAAAUUGUCAUUUCAUUCGAGUUGGCUGUAUCAUAAAGUCUGUCAUUGAGUCGACUGGCGUGGUUUCGAAUCCCCGGUUGUACGUGACAAGGAGUAGGGUCGCCUGUCCAACCUCGUGGGUUUUCUCCAGGUCCUCCGGUUUCCUCCCACUGCUAAAGACCCCUACGCGCAAGCGAAUUAUUGAAAUAAACUUAAACCAUAUGUUAGUCCCGAAAUGACCUAGUUUGUGUCGAGUGGACGUUAAACCCCAUUUCUCUCUCUCUCUCUCAUUUGAGUUGGUAGAACUUUGAUGAUUUACUAGUUUUAAUUUCGUAUAAACUUCCCUGGUUGAAAACAAGUUCAACUAAAUCUCAACAUGGGUUCAACCAACAGGAUACCUAACCUGCCGGCAUAAAAUUUUACAUGUAGAAAGAUAACUCUUACAAAACAAUUGAUCAACACAUUCAUUUUGCAUCCAAGACAAUUGAUCACAUCAAUUAGAUCAAAUCAUCCAAAACAUUGCCUUUUAAAAUCACUGCUUUUAUUUUAGUGAUAAAUAAAAUUGACUAUUUAAUUAAUUGGAUAUACAUGUAUGAUUUAUUUUGUGAACUGUCUACAUUUGAAAUUCUAGAUCAACAGUUGACCACCUUAUUGGUUCAGAUAUCAUGAAGGUGAAAGGAUUAAAUUCGAAAAUAGAAGUUAUUGCUAAAUGAUAGUUAGGACUGGAUAAUCAUGGCUUGAUGAUGCCUAUUCUCAGAUAAAUCCGUCAACAGUAUGUGCCUACUGUAGAUCAUAAGGUCUGUCAUUGAGUCAACCUCUGGGGUCAUCUCUGAGUUCCUCCCACUGCUAUAGACCCCUACAUGCAAACAAAUUAUUUAAUCUUACCAUAGUUUAUGUGAGUGGAUGUUAAACCCUAUUUCUCAGGGGGGGGGGGGGAACCUCCCUCUCUCCCUCUCCCAAUCCCCUCUGGUAAUCAUGUUGAUUUACCUAUAGCGAUAGAGAUAUCAGUUUUAUGGACUUAUAUUCUAUAUAGUAGGUAGUCAACAGUUAAAACAAUUAAAAUUAAAAUAUUUAUUUUCUGAAAUGACUAUUUAAUCAGAUGUAGUUUUGCCUAUCACUGAUUGAAUUAACGUAAUUCUACUCUUAAUUUUACCCUAAAUAAAAUGGGUUUGACUCCUUUUAAAGAGGAAUUAGCACUUGAGAGUUCUAAAUGUGGAUGUGAUCUAACAAGACAGGUAUAUCAGGGAUGUUCAGAGUAGAGUGUAUGUCUUUUAAGAUUCCUUAUGUAUCAUACACAGUAUAUCAUUUGGUGGUUUUCAACAAGUUCAGUGGCUGCUCAUACAAAAUACUUUAACUAAUAUGAUAUAACAAAUUAAUUAAUUUAUUUUCUUGCUGAAAGUGAUAAAGUAAAUGUAUAAUUGAGUUAACUCAAUUUAGUCAAAAAAUAUACUUUUAUUUAUUGUUAGACUUUGAUAGUUUCACCAUGUUAUAUUUUCAGUGAGCUUUUUUUCCACAAUGUUUUUUUUUACGUUAUAUCCAUAAGAUAAUAAAUGUCCCCCGCCCUUUUCUAAUUGAAAUUGAUUGUUCAAACUUGAUGUAGCUGUUUAUUAGUGCCUUGAUUAAGUUUGAUGAUGGGCAUUUCUUACUAGGCUAAGCAAUUUGAUGGUCAGUGCUCUGUGACAUUGGUCGAGACACUGGAGGGCGAUAAUUGUAAUUUUAACUGAGUGGUAGUAGUAUAUAGUUUCAUUACUUCAAUACCUUGACAAAAUUUGAUGUUGGACAUUUUCUGCUUAGUCUAUGAAGCGUUAAACAAUUGCAUAGGCCAAGACUUUGAAUCACAAUAACUCGGCAUCUAGAAUAUUCAAACUUGGCGUAGUUGAUCAUUAUAGGGAAUGUCUUGACAAAGCCUAAGCAGAGAUAAGAAAUUUGAUUGAUCGAUGUUGUGGGACAUUGUAACUUUGAUUUCAAUUGAGUGAAAGUGAUGAAACUUGAUGUAGGCCUAUAGUUUCCCUUAAACAAAACCAUGACUAAUUUCAACCAUUAGCAUUUUAUGCUUAGGCUAAGUUUGAUUGCUCAGUGCUUACAAAAAGAUAAAUGUUUGAUUAUUAUGUGUCAUCUAUUUAUAAUUUUGGGAAUGAGCUGAGGGACAUCAGCCUUAGGCUUAUUUUUUUAUAAUCUGAAACCUGUAUUUAAAAAAAACAAAAUAAUCAUAUUUUUAUACGCCCACAUUGAAAUGUGGUCGUAUAUUGUCGUCGCCCUCAUCUGUCUGUCCGGCGUCCACAAUAGAACCUAAAGUUAAUAUCCGAUUGACUUUAAUAUACAGUGUUUAAGGCCAUGAGACAAAGAAGCCUAUUGAUUUUCAGCGAUUUCCGAUAAUAACUGAGAGAGUUAUGGCCCUUGAUCACUUCAGAAAAUCUUGUGGACGCUAUAGAGGCUAAAGUUAAUAUCCAAUUGACUUUAAAUUUAUACACAAUGUUUAAGGUCAUGAGACGAAGAAGCCUAUUGAUUUUCAGCAAUUUACGAUAAUUACUGCCAGAGUUAUGGCCCUUGAUCACUUUGAAAAAUCUUGUGGACGCUCUAGAGGCUAAAAUUAAUAUCCGAUUGACUUUAAAUAUAUACACAGUGUUCAAGGUCAUGAGACAAAGAAGUCUAUUCAUUUUCAGUGAUUUCCGAUAAUUACUGUCAGAGUUAUGGCCCUUGAUCACUUCAAAAAAUCGUGUGGAUGCUCUAGAGGCUAAAGUUAGUAUCCGAUUGACUUUAAAUUUAUAAACAGUGUUUGAGGUCAUGAGACGAAGAAUCCUAUUUUCAACGAUUUCCGAUAAUUACUGCCAGAGUUAUGGCCCUUGAUCACUUUGAAAAAUCUUGUGACGCUCUAGAGGCUAAAGUUAUCAUCCGAUUGACUUCAGAUUGUUUCACAGAGUUUAAGAUCUUGAGACGAACGAGUAUAUUGAUUUUCAUUGAAUUUUUAUGACAUGAACAGCUAAAUCUAUGAUAUUAAAAGUUUUUAUACUAAACGUUAGCAUGGGGCAGAACUUUAUAAAAACCAAACAAAUUCUAAUGGUUUUCUGAUAAUUACUUCAUGAGUUGUUACUCUUUAUCAGAUUAUAGUGUAUUAUAAUUGUUUCAUUACCGAAAAAAGUGAAAAUAUGCGACAACACUUGUUGACUGCCCGGACGAUUUAGCUGCUGUGGGCGUAUGUUUUGUUGCCUGGCAACCUAUCUUUCUUUGCUUUUGUUGUUCUUGCAAAAUAAAACUAGAUUUGUUUUUAAUAUAUGACCGGUAUAUUAUAUUGUUGAUUUUGAUUUAUCUUCAGAUAAAUAAAGGUAAUUCAGUUA